AUGCCGCCUGCUCGAGCCCGAGUCAACUUUAAAACUUACGAGACUAGUACCCGUCUGUUGGCUGCCGUGGUUGCCUCCCUCGAAGGCAAGGUGAAACUGGACUAUGAUGUGAUUGCCAAAUUGGUGGGUGGAGGAACCACGGAGUACGCUGUUGAGCAUCGCAUGCGUCCUAUCAAGCAAUUGGCCAAGCUGCAAGUCCACUGGGUUCUGGAUAAGAAGAAGGACCCAGGCGAGCUCCCUGUCGAGAACGGAGAAAUCCAGAAGCUUUUCGGCGAAUCUACCGCUGCAGGUAUCCAGUGGCAAAUGCGCGAUGUGAAAGCUCUAGGCCGCGCACAGCGGCAGGCCGUCGCGGAGAACAAGAACCCCUGGGAAGUCAAGAUCGACGCUCCCACACGCACCAAGGCUUCCGCCGCGUCGACACCCACUAGUAGGGGCGGCCGCACUCCUUCUACUGCUGCCUCUUCGAAGCGCAAGCGCGGCCCCAAGAAAGUGACCAUGUCUGAGGAGGAUACCGGUCUCGAUAGUGCCGAAACCGACUAUGAUGCCAAGGAUCUUCAAUCGGACGACGACGAUAUCCUUCAGGUCACGCCCACGCCAAAACGCCGCAACGUCGGAGCUAUCAACGGUGCCAUCGCGAACAAUGCCACUACUCCCGUUCCCGCUAAGAAUAAUAGCAAUGUCGGCAGCGGUGGCAAGAAUGUCUCGCGCUCACUCUUUGGAAACGGCACCAAUUCAGCGCGCGCUCACAACGACGACGACGAGGUCCAGAUCGUUGAUCUGAGUGAGGAUACACCCCCGCCUGCGCCUGCGCCGGCUCCCGCACCCGUAACGUCUACGCGUGCCCCCGUGGUGAAGGCUGACCCAGAUUCGGAUCUAGCGUCGGAAGAGAAUAGUCCGACUCGAGAGCGCCAUGGCAAUCCUUACGCUGGUGGUAGCGCCAUGUACGACGACGACGACGACUUUGCUGAGGGUGAGGUCUAA